AUGGCGGAGCAUUUGGCUUCAAUCUUUGGUACCGAAAAGGACAGAGUGAACUGUCCCUUCUACUUCAAGAUUGGCGCUUGCCGUCACGGUGACCGGUGCUCUCGGCUCCACAACCGUCCCACCAUCUCCCCGACGCUUCUCCUUUCCAACAUGUACCAGAGGCCUGACAUGAUAACCCCCGGUGUCGAUGCCCAGGGCCAACCGCUAGACCCGCGCAAGAUUCAAGAGCAUUUUGAGGAUUUCUUUGAGGAUCUCUUUGAGGAGCUCGGGAAAUUUGGCGAGAUUGAAAGCCUCAACAUUUGUGAUAACCUCGCUGACCACAUGAUUGGCAAUGUGUAUGUUCAGUUUAAGGAAGAAGAUCAGGCUGCAGCCGCCUUGCAGGCUCUGCAAGGUAGGUAUUAUUCGGGACGUCCCAUCAUCGCGGAUUUCUCUCCUGUGACGGAUUUCCGCGAAGCAACUUGUCGGCAGUAUGAAGAAAACAACUGUAACCGUGGUGGGUACUGUAAUUUCAUGCACGUGAAGCUUGUUUCGAGGGAGUUGAGGAGAAAACUGUUUGGGAGGUAUCGGCGGUCAUACCGCAGGGGUAGCAGAAGCAGGAGCAGGAGCAGAAGUAUAAGCCCUAGGCACAAGAGAGAGUAUGAUCGGCGUGAUCCUCCUCACAGGGAAUUCAGUCACCGUGACAGAGACCGUGAGUUUUACAGGCAUGGAAGUGGAAAAAGGAGCAGUGAGAGGUCAGACAGGCAGGAAAGGGAAGGUUCAAGGAAGAGACAGGGAAGCCCUAAACGAGGAGGGAGCCCGGGUGGUGGAAGAGAAGGAAGUGAGGAGAGGAGGGCAAGGAUUGAGCAAUGGAACCGAGAGCGAGAGGAGAAGGAAGGAGGAGCAUAA